AUGGCAUCAGCCAAGGCCGCUAGACCUACUGGGCUUAUCCCACAGAGCAAAGAGCCUUCUGCCAAGGCCGGCAACGCUGGCGCCGCCGCGACAAAGGUACCUAUGGCGAAGCAGCCAGUGAAAAAGGCCGAACAGAAGCCUAGAGAACCCAAGAAGAAGGGUAUAGGAGGAAAUAGUGAGGGGAAGAAGGGUAAGGGGGUCAAAUCACAGUUUAGGGAUUUAGGGAAGAGGGUAGACACGGUUCGGAGAGGUGGGCGACAACCCCUCCCUCUUCUUCCUUCUCCUCGCAACGCCUGCCACAACCCCAUCUCCUUCUUCCUUAUCCUCGCGACACUGCCGCCGGAGAAGCCGCACACCUUUCCUCUUUCCUCCUUCUCCACUCGACGACAGCCACCUCUUCUCCUCUCUCCCGCGACCAACACUACCGCCGGUCAUCUAACACGCCAACGCCGACGUCGCUCCUCCCCUUCUCCUCUCCACGCCACCAGCACACGCGGUAAGACGCCGCCACCCCUAGACCGACCUCGCCGCCUACGAGCGCCCCUGGCCAGAGCCGCCCCCGAGCAGUCCCCCUUCCUCCUUCUCGGCGCAACAGCAACCUUAUCUCCUCUCCCCGACCAACGUCGCUGGAUUCGUGCUGCUACCGGCGCUAGGCACACCCGACCAGAUGCCCUUCGUCGCGCCGACAUUGUCGACGCCUUCGUGCUGCAGCCGCUGCCCCCUCCACAUGAUGGCUGGUUGUUGCCAUCUUUGAGAGUCCGACGCUGUUCAGGAUUGGAUUGUUCGUCGUCGUAUGCUUCCGACCUGUGGGCCACUAUGACAUUCCCGGCCUUCGUGCCAUUAUUAUUGUCCGGCGUCACUGAUUUGAUCGUAUUCUGCUUUUGUUGUUAUCCUGGCCUACGUGUCGAUUUCGUGUCCCGACCUGCGUGCCGUUAGUACCUCCCGGCCUGCGUAUCGGUGUCUUAUCCCGGUCUGCAUGUCGUCUUCCGGUUCUGUACCGUGUUCGGCUUCGCGUCGCCAGAUCCAUCUCUUCAUCCUGAUCAGAGUCAGGUACUCUUCCGGGUUACGACAACUCGAGCCGCGUCCCAUCCGAGGGCCUCCCUGGGCCAGGGUCGCUACCUGCAGGGUAGCGUUGACCAGAGGACUUUUGAAGACUUGGUCAACACAGAAGUCAUCUCAGUACACCCCCUCUUGGACAUCGCGAUUCGGUCAACAUUCUCGCCACCUCACCCGGCGGUCCGUUUGACUCAGCUUCCGGACGGGAUCAAUUUGGCGCCGUCUGUGGGAACAUCCUUCGCCUGUUCUGGAACGUGAAGAUGGACGACGUCGGGAGGUUCUCUGUUAUUAUCACAAUCUCGGAGGAUCUCGAUGCACAUAUUAUUUUCUAUCCUCACUCCACCGGUAUUCGGGAGUCGAGGGAUCAAGUGGAGCUUCAGCUGGCUGACAGGUUAGUUUUUCCGUUAUGUUUUUUCCUUGACUCCACGGGUAUUCGGGAGUUAAG